AUGGUGCCCCUGCUGCUGCUGGUCCUGCUGUGGGGGGGGUCCCUGCAGGAGGACCGAGGGUUCGAGCUGCGCGUGCAGGAAUCAGUGACGGUGCAGGCGUGCGGGGGCGUCCACGUGCCCUGCUCCUUCUCCUACCCGGGAAAUUCAUCGUAUUCCCUUCCCGAACUCUACAUCUAUUGGUUCCGGGAAGGGGACAACGUAAAGGGUGAUUCUGUGGCCACAAACAACCCAAACAGACGAGUGAAGCCAGAGACCAAGGGCCGAUUCCACCUCCUCGGGGACCCCUGGAAGAACAACUGCUCCCUGAGCAUCAGAGACGCCAGGAUGAGUGACAAAGGGGUCUACUUCUUCCGAGUGGAGAGGGGACAUAAUGUGAAACACAGUUACAGAGAUAAGAGGCUGAAUUUGCAGGUGACAGCGCCAGCAGGGAAACCCAACAUCCACUUUCUGGAGCCUCUGGAGUCUGGCCACCCCACAAACCUGACCUGCAGCCUGUCACUAGUCUGUGAAGUGAGGCAGUUUCUCCUGUUCUCCUGGGUGGGGGAUGCCCUUGAUGAGAUGAACAAAAAGACCCUCCACUCCUCAGUGCUCACCCUCACCCCAAGGCCCCAGGACCAUGGCACCUACCUCACCUGUCGUGUGGAACUCCAAGGAGCUCAGGUGACCAUGGAGAGAACCAUCCGACUCAAUGUCUCCUAUGUUCCGUGGAACCUCACCAUCAGCAUCUCCUUCAGAAAUGUCACAGCCCUCAAGAUUCUGCAAAACACCUCGUCCCUUCUCAUCUCCCAGGGUCAGGCUCUGCAGCUGCUCUGUGUUGCUGACAGCAACCCCCCUGCUCAGCUGAGCUGGUUCCGGGGGUCCCGAGCACUGAAGCCCACCUCCAUCUCCAACACGGGGAUCCUGGAGCUGCCAGGCUUAGGAGCUGAAGAUAUGGAAUUCACCUGCCAAGCUCGGAACUAUCUGGGCUCCCAGAAUACCUCUCUGAGCUUCUCUGUGUUCUCGCCCCCGCAGCUGCUGGGCCCCUCCUGCUCCCAGGAGGAGGAGGGUCUGCACUGCAGCUGCUCCUCCCAAGCCCAGCCGGCACCCUCCCUGCGUUGGCGGCUGGGAGAGGGGCUGCUGGAGGAGAAUUUCAGCAAUACCUCCUUCAAGGUCACCUCCAACUCCUCUGAGCCCUGGGCCAACAGCUCCCUGAGCCUCACUGGGGGGCUCCCCUCUGGCCUCAGACUCAGCUGUGAAGCCCGGAAUAUUCACGGGGCCCAGAGUGGCACUGUCCUGCUGCUGCCAGGGAAACUGGCACCCCUGACUGGAGUGGUUCCUGGGGCUCUUGGAGGUGCUGGUGGCAUGACCCUGCUGUCACUGUGUUUGUGCCUUAUCUUCUUUUGCAUAGCGAAAGCCCGCAGAAAGCAGGCAGCCAGGAGACCAGAGCAUGUGGACGAUGAAGACCCCGUCAUGGGUACCGUUUCCUGGGGUUCCAGGCAAAAGCCCUGCCCAGACGGCCCCCCAGACCAGACGUCAUCCCUUGCGGAGGAUGCUCCGCCCUUGGGGGAGCAGCUGGAGCUCCAUUACGCCUCCCUCAGCUUUUAUGGGAUGAAUUCUUGGGAUCCUUCGGGCCAGGAGGCCACCAGCACGAGCGAGUAUGCAGAGAUCAAAACAAGCUAAUUGGGACUCGCCCAGAGCUUGGUCCUGGCUGGAGGAAUCACAGCCUGUGUAGGGAAAAGGAUUAGCCAGGGACUAGUUAAUGAAACCUUUGCAGCAGUAUUAGCAUUAACUACUAUAUGAGUGUCCCCAAGUAGAGCAGAAAGCAGGCAGGUGAUGGAAUUAGAGAGACUUGGGCCCACAUGCAGGUUCCAGCACUUCCUAUGGCAUCGAUAGCAAGCAAUUCACUUCAUCUCUCUCUAUCUCAGUUUUCCAUUCUGUAUAUCGGAGAUCAUGUGUCCUACCUCAAAGUUCAGUGAUCAUUAAAGAAAGAGCACAUAAAAAUCAAG